AUGACCUAUAGGUUUUCUGAGACUGCACCUCCAUCCGAACAAACCAAACAAAGAAUGGCGGAGCUGGACGCUUGCUCUCACCUGGACUGCAUUGGUGAAGUCACUAAGGAUGACCUUCUCCAAAAAUCUAAGGCAACAUGUCAAUCAUGUGGAGCAGGAAGCCCAAAUUUGUGGGCUUGUCUACAGAACGACUGCUCUUAUGUCGGCUGUGGUGAAUCCUUUUCUGAUCACAGCACACUUCAUGCUCAGGCAAAGAAACACAACCUCACGGUGAACCUGACGACAUUCAGAGUCUGGUGUUAUGUGUGUGAACGAGAGGUCUUUCUGGAGCAGAGACCGUCCUUGGUCCCGGUGGUCGCUCAUCACUGUAAACCUUCCGGACAGGAUUCAUUGACUCAGCCGGUCGGACAUCCGCUGAAAGCUGUGCCAAUUGCUGUGGCAGAAGAAGAAGGGUCUGAGUCUGAGGAGGAUGAGCUGAAACCUAGAGGUCUUACCGGAAUGAAAAACAUCGGAAACACUUGCUACAUGAAUGCAGCCCUUCAGGCUUUGUCAAAUUGUCCACCCCUCACACAGUUUUUCUUGGACUGCAGUGGUUUAGUGCGUACGGACAAAAAGCCAGCUCUAUGCAAGAGCUACCAUAAACUUAUCUCAGAACUUUGGCAUAAAAAACGACCCAGCUAUGUCGUGCCUACAAGUCUCUCUCAUGGUAUAAAAUUAGUAAAUCCCAUGUUUCGUGGCUAUGCCCAGCAGGAUACUCAAGAGUUUUUGCGCUGUCUCAUGGAUCAGCUGCAUGAGGAGCUGAAGGAGCCGCUAACAGAGUGCACUUUGAGUGGAGAUGGCUUCGAUAUCGAUGAACGACGAGAUGGAGACCGCUCUCCGUCAGAGGAUGAGUUUCUGUCAUGUGACUCGGGCUCCAACAGUGACCGGGGCGAGGCUGUCUGCACUGCGGACGAAGAACUGCUCUUUCAGGACGAGUGUGACAGUGUAAGGUCACCCUCCCGGCAAAAUGAAGUCCCCUCGACAAGUGUGAUCUCUGAGAAAGAGAGGCUAAAGGAGAGGAGAGUGUCGGGGUCACCUCUUCGUGGAGGUUCCCAGGAAAUGGAUGAAGAUGCAGAUGUCGAUACAACUGCUGAAGAUGACCCUCCCGAGAGACUACAGACCAAGGAGGAGCCCACAACCCCGAUCUCAGAGACCCAAACUGUAGAAAACAACCAGACACAAAGUACUUCUCAGGCGCAGAGUCAGUCCAGCAGCACCUCUGAGCCUGAUAAUGAAGCCAGUAUGUCACAGCCUCAGUCCGUCCCCUGCACCCCUGUGCGCAGCCUCCCGGACCUGCAUCCAAAGCUCUCCUGCAGCCCCCCACGCUCCAGCUCCCUGCGCUCUGCUGGACCGGCAUAUUCAUUCAAAAAAGCCCAACUGCUGCUUAGUUCAAGGAAAAAGAAACAGUCCCACUAUCGCAGUGUGAUCUCUGACAUCUUCGAUGGCACCAUUCUAAGUCUUGUCCAGUGUCUAACCUGUGACAGGGUAGGUCCUUGUAAGCUGUCGUCAACAGUUGAAACCUUCCAGGAUCUUUCUCUUCCUAUUCCUGGAAAAGAAGACUUGGCUAAACUCCAUUCUUCCAUUCAUCAGAAUCUUCCGGUAAAGACCGGAGUGUCUCCUGAAACAUACGCGUCUCAGGGCUGGAUCACCUUCAUCAUGGACUCCAUACGGAGAUUUGUGGUUUCAUGCAUUCCUAACUGGUUUUGGGGUCCGAUGGUGACUCUGGAGGAUUGCCUUGCUGCCUUUUUUGCUGCAGAUGAAUUAAAAGGAGACAACAUGUACAGCUGUGAAAGGUGUAAAAAGUUGCGGAACGGUGUCAAGUACUGCAAAGUGCUCAAGCUCCCAGAGAUUUUAUGUAUUCACCUGAAACGCUUCCGACACGAGGUCAUGUAUUCGUUCAAGAUCGGCAACCAUGUGUCGUUUCCUCUCGAAGGGCUCGACAUGCGCCCUUUUUUGGCCAAAGACAGCCCCUCUCAAGUCAGCACUUACGACCUGCUGUCCGUCAUCUGUCACCACGGCACCGCAGGAAGUGGACAUUACAUCGCCUACUGUCAGAACGUGAUCAACGGACAGUGGUAUGAGUUCGAUGAUCAGUACGUCACCGAGGUCCAUGAGACCGUGGUGCAGAACGCAGAGGCCUACGUGUUGUUUUACAGGAAAAGUAGUGAGGAGUCGGUGAGAGAGCGGCAGAAGGUGGUGGCUCUCGCACACAUGAAGGAGCCAAGUCUUCUGCAGUUCUACAUCUCCAGAGAGUGGCUUAACAAGUUCAACACUUUCGCGGAACCCGGCCCGAUUAGCAACCACACGUUCCUCUGCCACCAUGGAGGAAUCCCUCCCCAAAAAUACACCUACAUUGACGACCUGGUUGUUAUAGUCCCACAGAACGUCUGGGAAUAUCUCUAUAACAGUUUUGGUGGAGGCCCGGCUGUUAACCACUUGUACAUGUGCGGCAUUUGUCAAGUGGAGAUAGAAGCUCUGGCUAAACGCAGGAAAACGGAAAUAGAGACUUUUAUUAAGCUGAACAAAGAGUUUCAGGCCGAGGAGGCUCCGACUGUGAUCUUGUGCAUCAGUAUGCAGUGGUUCAGAGAGUGGGAGAGUUUUGUGAAAGGAAAAGAUAAUGAGCCACCAGGUCCCAUUGACAACAGUAGAAUCGGCAUCAUGAAGGGAGGACACAUACAGCUCAAGCCAGGGGCAGACUACGGGCAGAUAUCAGAGGACACGUGGCUGUACUUGUUGGGCAUUUAUGGAGGCGGUCCGGAGAUCGCGGUCAGACAGACAGUGGCACCGGCGGUCGACACGGAGAGCCUCCACGGGGAGAGGAAGAUCGAGGCUGAGACCAGAGCGCUCUGA